CUCCGACGUCCGUGUGACUGGAGGCAGGAAGACGGGUGCUGGGCAAGGCAUGCUGGGUAUUGUAGUCACUUGGAGCUGUACAGCGCUGGAGGUGCUCCUGGUAGAAGCUUGGACACUGGUAUCUAUCGGGGUUGGAUAUGCCAAAUCUUGCUUUCCAACCCGAACGUAUUUAACUGGAUCUGCAAUGUACGGAGAGAUUCACUAUCCAGGGAUCGAUAGCGUACUGUGAGGUGCACAGGUGAGUGGUCAUAUGGAUGGAGAACAGAUGCCUCUGAGAUCGCCUGCCUGUGCCUUAGGUUCAGCAUUGAAGAUGCAGGCUUAUAACGGGUCAUGUGACAUGGGCCCGUCUCUCACCUACCUGACCUGCCUCUUGGAGAGCCUUCUGGACUGGCUAGAGUUGGACAAUUUGGAGGAUUAUUUAAAUUACCUAGACUACCUCAUGUGGGUCUUCACACCACUAAUAAUAGUAUUCAUUCUGCCCUUCAUUAUUGUCCUACUUAUCUACCUGUCCAUCCUUUUCCUCCACGUGUACAAGCGCAAAAACGAACUGAAAGAAGCAUAUUCCAACAAUAUAUGGGAUGGCGCGCGGAAAACAUUGGCAACACUUUGGGAUGGGCAUGCUGCAAUAUGGCAUGGUAAAAAUCAAUGCUUGCUAGCAGUAAUGACAAUCAUACUAGAUGCAGAAACUGAGUUUACUGUAACAUAAUUGUGGGCCAAAUACUAUUAACCAGCUCCUGACAUGCCUGCCUGAGCAAAUAUUACAUUCCCCAUGUAAUAACCAUUCUGGAGCUUCUUUUCUAAUACAUUUGCGUUGGCCGGACCUCUGUUGUUCCCCCUGAAUAUUUAUGAGUAAUAUGACAACUGGGUAUUGUUACCAACCCCUUGUCAAAAUGCGGCAUCCCUACUCAGUUUGAUACUAUCAAUACUGAUUGGAGAAUGUCAGUGUGUAGGGCCAACCCCCCCCCCAACUAGUAACACCUCGUUAUCACAUUUAUUCAAACAGUUCUAGGAGGAAUAACCGAGGAACGGCAUAAUGCACAGUUCUAGGAAUAGAUGAACAAUACAAGUAGUUACUAAAACAGAGAUGUCAAGGGUGGUGACAGGUGAUUACAAUUGUAAUAAUAAUAAAAAAAUCAUUAAAAGGGUUCUUUGGUAAUAGUUAAAGGGGUUGUCUCACUUCAGAAAAUAGUAUUUAUCAUGUAGA